CAGAGGUUUGAAUAGGAAGUUUUGCAGGGGUUACGUUUGCAGUCAGUCCGGUGUUUGCAAAUAUUGUGUGGGCUCGCGAGCGCGUCUCUGGGCUCCGGUAGGAUCCGAACCCGCGGCUCCUAAUUGCUGUGCACUGAGUUUGCAUGAAACUUUCCCGGCGCUGCAGGCACGGCCGCUGCGCUCCUGACUCCAGACCGCACUCCUCCCUGUUGGUACAACAGCGGGGACUGUCUUUUCCAACCCGACAUGGAUGUACUCCCAAUGUGCAGCAUCUUCCAGGAACUCCAGAUUGUGCACGAGACCGGGUACUUCUCAGCGCUGCCCUCCCUGGAGGAAUAUUGGCAACAGACCUGCCUGGAGUUGGAACGUUACCUCCAGAGUGAGCCCUGCUAUGUGUCAGCCUCCGAAAUCAAGUUCGACAGCCAGGAAGAUCUGUGGACCAAAAUCAUCCUGGCUCGGGAGAAAAAGGAGGACCCCGAAGUGCAGGUUUCCUCCAGUCCCCCAGAGGACGCUCUCAACAGCCCUGGCUUUGGUUACAACCUGGAGACCAACAGCUUGAACUCUGACCUGAGCAGUGAGUCCUCCGACAGCUCCGAGGAGCUCUCGCCCACUUCCAAGUUCACCUCCGACCCCAUCAGCGAAGUGCUGGUCACCUCGGGGAACCUGAGCUCCUCUGUCACUUCCACACCCCCUUCUUCUCCAGAACUCAGCAGAGACCCCUCUCACCUGUGGGGCUGCGCGCCCAGUGAGCCACACCCUCCUGGGAAGAUACGCAGUGGGACUUCUGGGAAGCCCGGUGACAAGGGCAGUGGGGAUGCCUCCCCAGAUGGCCGGAGGAGGGUGCAUCGCUGCCACUUUAAUGGCUGCAGAAAAGUUUACACCAAAAGCUCCCACUUGAAAGCACAUCAGCGCACUCACACAGGAGAAAAGCCUUACAGAUGCUCCUGGGAAGGGUGUGAGUGGCGUUUUGCAAGAAGCGAUGAGUUAACCAGACACUUCAGAAAGCACACGGGUGCCAAGCCUUUUAAAUGUUCUCACUGUGACAGGUGUUUCUCCAGGUCCGACCACCUGGCCCUGCACAUGAAAAGGCACCUCUGAGGGAGCAGAGUGCGAAUCCUGCGGCUAAAACGGCUUCCAGGCUGAAAGAUGGCCGUGGAAGGAGGGUGCGUGUUCCAGCCGAAGCAUGCCACUUUGCACCCCACCCAGUUGCCUCCAGGACCUCUCCUUGGAAGGUCUUUUGAGGGCAAAAAAAGUCAUGUCAGAAGCGACAGAGCGCCCGUGGUGUGUGGUGUUUGGGUGGCCCUGGGCUUGCCACCGGUACCUGUCUUCUGAGUGGUCCCUAAGCCUGCCGUGAGCAUGUGCACUGAGAAUGUUAAUGGUUGGGUUGGCUGAAUGUGAAGGGAUUUAGUACAGACUGUGUGAUGAAGCAGUGUUUCCUGUGCAGGGGCCAGACUGCACGAGACAGAAAACAUGGAGUUUGAAUGUUUUGUGUGUGCUGAGUAUACCAUGAGAUGAGAUGACCACCAAUCGUUUCCUGGAGGGUGGGGGCAUGGGGAGGGUGUCUGCGCCUUAGGGGGAAAAAAAAAGAAAAAAGGGAAACCGUGGAGGGCGGGAGUGGGCAGUCAGGACCCUGCGUGGUGAGUGGGUGUGGGGAGGGGGAGCCCUACCCUGUGUGCGAGGAACUUUGGUGUCUGGUGCAGCUAUGAAAUGUGCAAUGUGUUGAGUAGCUUGUUUGGCUACAACAGAGCUCAUUUGUUACCCAUUGUAUAAGCUGUGUAUUUACAAAUAGAACACAAUGGUAACCUUUCCUUAUAAGACAAAACUAAUGCAUGGUCUAGGGAAAUUUCUGCUUUUCCAUUUUUAAAUCAGGACUACAACUUUGAUUCCAGUUACUAAGCAGCUAAGAUACAAUUUGUGGAAUUCAGUAACCCCGAGCCGUCUG